CAAUACUAGACUUAUCUCAAAGUGUCACAUUAAACCCGGAGCGUCACCGAUUCGCUGGCGUCCUGUUCCUGAUGCAAUAGGAAAUCUAGAAGAUUACAGACUCUAAUCAGACCUCACGAAGAGAAACCGAGGAGCUGUACUUUUAUUUUUUUGUUAAACCCAAAGAGGAGUGUAGGGGUCAGUCAGCGGAGGAGAGCUGCGGAGUUAUUUAGGUACACCAGAAGCAGGGGCAGCCAGCCGGGCGAUCUGAGUGUUUCCUGGCUUUGAUGCGACCCGAGUGUACCUGGAGCAUGUCCACAGUGGGCCUGACUGCCCAGGAGAUCUCUUUUCCCAUAGAAAACCCCUUCCUGCGGGGCAGCUACUGUCACAGCAUGGCUGUAUCCAAACCGUCCUGGAGCCAUCGCCAUGACGAGCUUGACAACAUCUACUUCAGUAUGGACACUGCACACACAGAUCGCAGCUCUCGAGCCCAACAAAAGGGGCCACCUCCACCAUCCCUAAGUUAUGAGAGACAUAAACACAGUCCCAGCACACAGAAAUUACCUCCAAAGAAAUCCCGGCCCUCCCACCUCUCCCUGUCCUGCAGCGCUGAACCCUCCACCCCGAGUCCUGCUGAUGACGACCAGGUGGUCCCCUUCUUCACGAGGCUCUCUGUGUACGAGUGCAGCAGCCCACCACAGACACCAGGCAGAUGCUCCAAGCCCCUGCCCCCCAUCCCCCCACAAACAGACAUCUCCCCCGAGCAGGCUAUGGACAACGAGGUAGAAUUUUUCACGAGUUCGGACGACAAUUGCUGCCUGGUGUCCGAUCACUGUCCCAGAUCCUCUCAGUUUCGAUAUGGAGUCCUCAGCCGGAGGAGCUUCAGGGACUGCGGGCAGAUUAACUAUGCCUACUAUGAUGGUCCGUUGGGACCACAAAGCCAGAGGCAGCCCCAGCAGCACCACCAGACAAAUCCUCCACAGGAAGUGCGGGAACAGUACGAGCAGCAGCAGCAGCAGCAGCGACACGAGCCGCCGCCUGGGCCGGUGGUCUGUCAGAGACAGCAGGACAAGGGUCAGAGGAGGCUACGACGCUCCCACUCCGGCCCCGCCGGAUCCUUUAACAAGCCGUCGCUGCUUCGCCUCACGUGCCACAAACGCCACACCCACAGUAUGGAUAAGCCAGAGGUGCCGCCCCCUGUCCCUCCCCGGACAAUCAAGACAGGAGACUACCGCCGCUGGUCAGCAGAGGUCUCGUCUGGGGCUUACAGUGACGAGGACAAACCACCCAAGGUGCCCCCAAGGGAACCUUUGUCCAGAGGCAGCUCUCGCACCCCCAGCCCCAAGAGCCUCCCGACAUACAUUAACGGGGUGAUGCCCCCCACCCAAAGCUUUGCACCAGAUCCCAAAUACGUAAGCGGUCCAAGGUUACGGAGACAGAACAGCGAGGGCUCCCCCUGCAUCCUCCCUGUUAUCGAGAACGGCAAGAAGGCCAGCACCACACAUUACUAUCUCCUGCCUCAGCGGCCCGCUUUCGUAGACUCACCCUACGUAGCGGCUCGCAGUACAGAUGUAUCAGACUCAGACUGGGACUGCCACACCAGGCGGAAAGCACAUGUGCAUUUAGUUUGAAAAGUUAUAGUGGAAGUAGCAGAAGACUCUACUGUACAUGAGCAAAAACCACUUGACAAAACGGUGACAGAGGACGAUAACAACCCUCAAACUGCUGCUUUGACAGUUUUUUUUCUUUUCUUUUCUUUUUUUUUUUAAACCCCUCAUGUAUUCUGAUCACACAGGGUAUGUGCGCACUGUAUUCAGUUACUGGUAAUGUUGGAAUAGCUAUCACAGCCGAGAUACUUUACACAAAACCUGUAUCUCUGACUAAAGACCGUGGGCAAAAUUCAACAUUGUAGAGCUUAUUUUUGAUAUGAUUUUUAUUUCAUGACAUUCAAUAUCAUGCUGUUUUUGCUGAUGAUGUGGUACAGUCAGAAGGUACAAGCGGGGCUUGAACCUCGUGUGCUCAGUAUUUUGUGUCUGUAAGGUUGAGGCUGUUUUUGUGAGAUGCACCGGGGCUUUUUGACGCUGCUUUUGUGUCUCACAGGGGACAGAAGGUCAGUAAUGUAACCAUGUAAUGCUCAGUAUAUGAAGUCUAAACACAAGGCCAAUUAAUUUUUAACAAAAUGAAGGAUGCUAGCACACACACACCUCCAGUCUGUUUGCUAUUAUAUAUCAACACUGAUAUGGUUUCCCUGCCCUGAUGAAGUGUCAGUCUUACUCAGGCCUGUAUCUGUGUAAAGUUGUGUUUUUCCCACAUGGCACGUUGUCAUGGUACAUUUUGUACUAAGAGGUGGCUACAUUACUGGUAGCUAUGCAUGUUUCCAUUGGAAUGUCUAGUGCAGCUUAUAUGGUGUAGUUGUCCGUUGAUGAGUGUGUUUGUGUGUAUGUAUGUGCGUGACCGGCGGUUGGAGCAGUGUUCUGGUGAUACUUUUGUAGGACGACUUUCUACGGUUGCAUGGAAAACCGUCAACCAUACUUGUUACUGUGCUCUGCUUGUUCUCAGUGCCUGCUUCUGAGCUCAGCCCUCUAAAAAGUGCACAUCGCUUUCUUUCAGUGUCCAGGUCUGUUUUCUUGGCCUGUUGAACAUGUAGUGAAUGUAUGCUAUUCUUACUGGUAUUCCAUCAAACAGUUGGAGGAGCUUAUUUUUGGUCAAGCUGUGAGUCAUUUGCUUGGAACGAAUUCGCCUCAAGUAGGCUACUACCUCCCUUUGAUAUUCAUCCUAUAUUUCAUAUAUCCCCCAUUUUAAAUUGUGUCCAAAGGCAAAAUCUGCAAUUCCUAAUUCUGUUCUACAAAACAUGAGCUAACCAGCUCUAUGUUUGACCUGAGACAAAGCUUUAACUCACUUCAGUUAAGAGUGACACAGUCAAUUCUGACCGGAUAUCCUUAAAUAGACAUUUUAGAUCAGGCAGAUCUUAGAUCACAGAGAUGUUGGGCUAACCUGUUAAUACAGACGCAUUACAAAGACAGUGCAGGGUUUACCUGCCUGACACAGACUUUCCUGUUCUGCUCAUGCAUUCCUGCCUUACAUGAUUGCAGUGGGUGUGGUCUGAGAGACUUUGGCUGCUGGCAGCCUUGGAAAAUAUAUGAAUUUUAUUGUUGUAGAUUGUAUUCAAGAAGCGUCAGGAUGAUAUAGUAAAUGUAGCACAUGUAUUGAAGUAACCCUUGGUAUCGAACACGGUGUUCAGUUUGGGAAACAUAACUGCUAAGGUCAAACGGUCAUUGAAGUAUACUUUCUCUCUCCCUCCUGCUCACAGAACCUUGCCAACACAAUGUUGCUUUUGACUUAAAUGUUUGAAAAAUGUUUACAUCCUACACUGAUACUAUUUAAUCUUAAGGUAUUCAUAUGUCUUAUUAGAAAUAAUAAAACUAAAUGAAGACUAGUUUAUCGAAACAUAACUUCUCUGCUGUGGUGAAGACAUGCACUGGGAGAGUACAGUAUGCUGUGUACAGUAUUUAACAAUUCCAUUUGUUGUUAUGAAUAGUUGAUAAGUAUAUAGUCUUGAAAAAAAGAAAGCAAAAAUAAAAAUGACUUAUUUAUGA